AUGGAUAAGCAUCCUGAGUCCCUCAACAAUUCAGUUCCCCUUUCCUGUCUGGCUCUUGUCACAGCCACAUAUCAUUGUGUGUUGGACAGAUUUGCAAAGAAUGGCACAGGAAAGAUGAUGCCUCAAUUCUCCAGCAAGGCUUACAAUUCCAUUUUCCAUGGCAUGAUGAAGCUUUCUCAGUGGGUGAAGGAAGGAUGGGCUGCACUGCAAGAGGUUGAUUUGAGUGUAGAGAGGUACCAGCACAUUCAGUAUGCAAUUGAUGCCAAUGCUCCUGUUCCUGUCAUACCUGCUGUGAACUGUUCCUAG